AUGAUGAGCGAGAACGAGAGGCGGUUGGUAGAUGGGUGCGCUACGUUCUACAAGGCAUCCAAGUAUACACUUGUGGAAAAACACUUGAUCGAGUUCAGUGCGGUAGCCAUGCAGCGUCCUGAUUUCAAGAAGACCGACGACAUGUUCAAUCGAGUCCUUGGAAAAGAUCACAUCGCUGUCGUGACGCUUCUGGAGAACAAGGAGACGGGUACUCGUAUCAUCAUCGCGAACACUCAUCUUCACUGGGACCCAGCAUAUCGCGAUGUCAAGCUAGUGCAGGUCGCUCUGCUCAUUGAGGAGGUCGAGAAGAUUGCGCAGAACUUCGCCAAGUACCCCCCUCGUCUCCCUCCCACUCCCUCCUCAGCAGCUUCUUCCUCAACCAGCCCUUCAGUGAGCGAGAACAAUGCUUCGUCGCGUCCACCCCCAGUUUACUCCGAUGGAUACAAGAUUCCGGUGAUCGUUUGUGGGGACUUCAACUCGAUCCCCAACAGUGGCGUGUACGAGUUCCUGUCGAACGGUACUAUUGCACCGGACCACGAGGAUUUCAUGUCCCACACCUACGGCAAGUACACCACCGAGGGUAUCCGCCAUCGCUUGGGGAUGAAGAGUGCCUACGCCGCCACGGGCGAACCACCCUUCACCAACUUCACGACAAGUUUCUACGAUCCCAUCGACUACAUCUGGUACUCGACCUCGCACCUUUCCGUCAACUCCGUCCUUGGGCCAGUCGAUCCUGCAUACAUCGAGAAGCAAGUGGGCUUCCCCAAUGCUCACUUCCCGUCAGAUCAUCUCGCGAUUGUAUCGGAGUUCCGCCUACGGCCACAGCGAGAGGUUGCCCCACCUACCGCUCGCCCGCCGCCGGUUUUCCCGGAGUCGUCGCGUGCUCACGCCUGA